AUGUUUGUCUUCCCCAGAGUCAAGUUUAAGGACUGCUUCAUGACAGGAGCGCCUCCAGGAGCCAAAGGUACUGCCACCAGAACGGGAUGGAUGAAUGAAGACAUCUGGCCUGAGUUCCUUGAUCACCUGAUCCAGCACACUAACUGCACCCCUGAUCGUCCCAUGCUGCUAAUCCUGGAUAAUCUAAAAGCUCACAUCUCACUCAAGGCAAUAGAAAUGUCCAAGACCAACGGAAUUGUUCUGCUCACCCUCCCACCGCACACAUCCCAUCGCAUGCAGCCUCUCGACGUGACCGUGUAUGGCCCGUUCAAGACCCAAUACAGCCGUGCUCUUGAUGGGUGGAUGAGGUCUAACCCCGGCAAAACAAUGAUCUUGAUGGUCCACCACCUGCAGACGAACCACCCGCUGCAGAUAAUUCACCUGCUUAUCCAUCCACUGCGCAUGGUCCACAUGGAUGUGCCUCGCCAGCUGACUCAGAUGUGCCACGUGUUCCCAGCCGACCUGGAUAUGUAUAUGGAUCCACUGCUGCCAGUGUUAGAGAUACUGGACACUAGCGUGCCAGUAGAGAGGCAACAAUGCAUGCUACGGGCCUCAAAGAGGCCAAGGCAGCAUGAGGGCAAAAGCCUGAGUAUUAACAAGCUGCUGCGGGAGCCAAAGACGGCCUACAGAGAAGCAAAAAAGCGCUGUCACAUUGACAACCCUACGGAGGCCCAGUACCUGGGACAACUGGUUCUGACAUUCGGCUGGUACUUUGGGAGGAGCUUCAAGUGGCUGGUCGAGAAUGAUGUCGGCUACAUCAAAUAUGUUCUUGACCGCCACUUGGAGGAGACCCAGGACCCAAAGAGAAAAACUCCCAUCAAUGACGGGUGGCUGAAGGACAGCCUGAUGAGCUAUGUGACGCUGUUCCCCCCCGUCUCUUGUCACCUUGAGGUCAACGUGGAUCGCGCCGCUCGUCCUGCUGCCACUCCGUCUGCUGCUGCUGCGGCCACUCCAUCUGCUCCUCCUACAGCCACUCCGUCGGCUGCUGCCGCUGCUCCAUCUUGCGCGUCGUGGUGUGAUGAUGAUGACAUCAUGCUAGAUGCCCUCGUCACCUUUGAGAGUAGUCAAGGGAAGCCAGCUGACGAGCUGUCCACCAGCCAGCCACAGCCUGCUCCUCCUGCCGCUGCUCCUCCUGCCGCUGCUCCUCCUGCGUCUCCUGGGCCUCCACUCCUCGCUGAAUCUGGGCAGCGGGCCAAGAAGUCUGCCAAGAAGAGUCAGAAACGGCAACCUGCUCCUCCUGCUGCCGCUGCUCCUCCUGCCGCUGCUGCCACUGCUCCUCCUGCUGCCGCUGCUCCUCCUGCGUCUCCUGAGCCUCCACUCCUCACUGAGAAGCGGGCCAAGAAGAGUCAGAAACAGCAGCAGCCUGCUCCUCCUGCUGCCGCUGCUCCUCCCUACUCCCUGGCGUCCCUCCCUCGCUGCAUCCGCCAGGCGUCCACCAGCCAGGUCGCUUCUGACGCUCGCCCUGAGCCGCAGCCGUCACCGUCGCCCUCCAACAGCCAGUCUCAGCCUGCCUCUGCCGCCACGUUGUCGCAGAGCGACUCUCCUGUGGAGCUGGAAGGCUGGGUGAGGCUAUGGGAGGACCCUAGCGGCAUCCCAGCGGCAGACGUCACCUGGUUGAAGGAGGACAGCGAGCGAGGGCUUUUCACCUCGGUGCAGACCUUCAAGGACGUCAGGGGGCAAAUCAAGAGGCGGCGGGUCCUGAAGUCGGACCGCAUGUGGUUUUACCCACCCGAGCCACCUGGCCACCUCGGCGGCGGCGUUCCCUCUCCUCAGCCCUUUUUCCGGAGCCGCUUGUUCUUCUGGCGCCCUGUUGGCGUGUGGCGGUGCUCCAUCAGCUGCCCGCGUGGUGACGCGUGCGCGGGGGCCGGACGCAACACCCAUCUCUCCAAAUCGGGUUACCACAUUCGGGUGCGGCACAUCUGCGAUGUGUCGGGGUGGUACUCCAUGUGCUGCGAAGUGCUCUGCUGCGGGCCGUGCCUCAAGGCAGCCAGGGGAGGCGGUGGCCCCAUGGGCAGGGGCAACACCAUGGCCAAGGUGUGGCGGCAGGCGCGGGAGAACCACAUGGAGGAGCACAACCGCGGGGCGGGACCUCUACACCCACGCCCUCAUGGCUUUGGUGCGACCCGGGCAGCGUGUCGCGUUCGACCGCCACGGAGAGUUUCGGCCGCCUCCUCCCCAGGGAGCUUCCCUGCGGCGGCUCCUGCGUACGCCUUUCUCCUGGCGGAGGCCAACAACUUCCAGGAUUACCGGAGCCAAAUUCUGUCCACGUUUGGCACGGUCCUGAAAAUGGACUCCACAAAGAAGGUGGUGAAGAAGCUCUCUGGGGAGGGCAAGGGCUCGGCCGAGUGGUUCACCAGCAUCGGCAACGAACUCUCCCAGAUCGUGUCCUUUGUUCUCACCUGCGAGGAGUCCGUGGAGAAGUUGGAGCCCAUGUGCCGUGGAGUUAUGGAGAGAUUCCGCCUCGCCAACCAGCCCGUCCCCCAGAUCCUUUACAUCGACCGGGGAUGCUGCAGGGCGCAGGGUCCGACGGCUGUGGAGACCCUCUUCCAGCCUUGGGUGGACAACGGGAUGGUGGUGAGGCUGGAUAUCUUCCACUGGCUCCAUCGCUUCGACGCCGCUCUGCGGACAGAGGCUCACUCCAAGUACCCCGCCUUGAAGUCUGCGCUGGCCGGGGCGGUGUUGGCCUACAACCGCCAGGACCUGGAUCUGCUCAUCGCGGCCGUCAGGGCCAGAGACUCGUCCGUCAUGGAGGCCGUGUCGGACGAGGAUGUGGUCCGACGCUACAUCUCGCGGGAGCAGCUAAAGCACCACGUCCGACGGGUCACCCUCGGCGCCCAUGAGAUGUUUCGCCUCAUUCACCUCAUCAUCGAGGAGCUGAAGGGUCCGGCUGGGCUCGAUGAGAGUGGCGUCAGCCUCUUCAAGUCCACUGCUGCCAUCAAUGAGAUGUGGGCCAGCCAGCAGCGACACCUGGAAUGCAUCCAGGAUCCACCAGGCAUGAGCAUGUACCGUGUUGCCCGCACCACCACCAUCAACGGUGUGGAUGUCCCGUAUUACAAGUGCCAGCGUGGGAGCAACAGCUUGGAGGGGUUCCACCGCUCGCUCCCCCACAUGAUUCCAGGUCCCCACUGUGCGGCGCGGCCCUACCAGGUGUACUUGGUCAGCGGCAUCGCGCGUUGGAACGCCGACAGGAGCUCGGCGGCUGUGUUUGGAGGUCGGCAGAGGUCCAGCGUCUACUCUGCGCCGCUCGUGGACCGCCUCAACGCUCGCUGCCAGCUGCUCUUCGGGGAGGCCGUCGAUCAUAAUUUCCGGCCCCCGGCCAACGUUCAAUCCGACGAGCUGCUCGGGCUCGAAUACUUGUUUCGCCAGAGCACGGGGGAGUCUGAGGCUUUCUCCCUCGACGGUCUCGUCGACGAUGGCCCGGCCCCCGAGGAGGAGGUGUAUCGGCCUGGUGAGGACGAUCCCGGCGCCGAGGCAGACGAAGCCUACCAAAGCGACGAGGACCUGGAAGACAUAGAUGCUGCCCGCAUCACGCUGACCAACAACGAGACGGCCACUGUCCAUCCGCCAGCCUUUGAGGACGCCUGCAGUGCCAAUCCCCUCCCUGGGUUCCAGGAGCUGAAGGCCUUCUGCGCUACGCUAGUGCAGCUUGGGGGUGCUGACCAGAAGCUCCAGCUCACCACCCGACCAGCAUAG